CACGCCUCGCGGAGCGGAAGUGACGCCAGCGGAAGCGGAAAUGGAGCCGCCCACAGCGGAGGAGCUGCGGCAGCGGCUCCAGGAGCGGCUCCAGGCCGAGCACGUGGAGGUGCGGGACAACCCCCAGCUGUGCCCCGGAAGUUUCCGCCUCGUCGUCGUUUCCGGAACUUUCCGCGGCCUCAAAACCCUCCAGAGGCACCGGCUCGUUAACGAGGCGCUGAAGGAGGAGCUGGGCCAGAUCCACGCCCUGGAGCUGCGCACGCUGACGCCCGAGCAGUGGGAGGCGGAGCGCGCCUCAUUAGCAUAAAUUUGCAUGCCGCCUCUUCCACCCCCGCUCCGUUUACAUGGAUUUGAAUAAAUUAGCGUGGCCUUGCUCUGAUUGGUUGAGGCCGCGUCCCUCGUCAGGGCCUUAAAUGGAGGCGGAAGGGGGUGAAGUUAACGCUCGUUUGCAUAAAUUUGCAUAAAGGCAAUAAACAUUCCUUAUUUGCA